AUGGGAUAUAAGAUAUAUUCUAACUCUGACUUAGUUCAAACAGUAACAUGGGCAAACUAUGAAUGGUUCGCUUUGAGAAACUCAGUACAACCACAAGCUAGAGAACAAACAGACCAGUAUGCAACUAUUGAGAAAAUAAGAAGACUUGACCCUAACGUUCCAGGAGUUUAUGUUGACCUUUCUGGACAAACUGCAGCAGCAGUAACCAAAGUAAAACUGAAACUUAGAGUUCCUUUGUCAUCUUUCCUCAUCUUCAGGUUUUUAAGAUACUUGCCAAACUGGGCAGGAAAAAUUUCUAUUGAACUUACUCCAAGCAAAAAUAACUUAGUCAUUGCACCAACACAAGACCCAUUCACUCUUACAGACGUAAAGGGAACAAAUCAAACGUCAUUCGCCGAAUAUUGCAAAGACAAAGUUGACUUAGACUUUGGUUUCUCAAACUUCAACACUGAAGUAAACUAUUAUUUCAAUGCUGCUGGAACUGCUUGGGACCCAGUUAAGUUCACAUGCGAAAAAUUUGAAUGCAAGAGAAUAGAAAGCAGACUUGCAGUCUAUAUGUUGGACCCAGAUAUUUCAAAUGCUUUAGCUGCCAAAUAUAUUGCAGUUCCACUUAUGUUCCCUAUACACCAAAUAUCUGUCAAAGACUUUGCAGGUGAAGUUGGAAACCAAAGUGCUGACCCAGGUGCAAGAACAGAUAUUGCUUUAACAACUGCAAUGAAACAUGCAGAUACUCUGUUUGUACUGUUCAGACGAACUAUAAAUGACUAUUCUUGUUUCUACAACCCUGGUAUUAAAUAUCAUAUAAACAUAGAUGGCAAAUAUUAUCCAAGAGAAGAAUAUUCUACA